UACCACUUCCCCAUCAGCCCAGUAGCAUAUAUUCCAGCCCAACUCCACUUAUUCUCCGCCUGCUUGAGUUAUGCGUGUUAUAACCUUUUGCCUGCCUUUAGGACCCCUGCUCUCCAGCCUGAUCCUCUAUUAGAUAAGUUUGCCUUAUCUCUGCUGCCUGCCUCGUUUUGCCUUUAGCCUGUUUUCGACCUUGUGUAAACUUGAAAUUCUAAUUUUGCCAACUGGUCUCAGAGCUGUUUUUUUGGGUUCAAACCUGUUUUUACUGAGCCUUUCACCUGCCUUAAAACAUCAGCAAUUGCACUGCGCCAAAUGCUUGUGCUGUGCUUUCUGGUUAUUUUGUUGUUCGUCUUAAUUUCUUGUUUAUUUAAAUUCUCUUGAUUAUGAAGUAAAAGCGCAAAGGCCAUGUAUUUUUCUUAAGUGCAGUUUAUGUUGUGUGCGUGCAUGUAUAGUCUUGGUAAGUUUUAGUCCUCGGUUCACCUGCAGGAGGAGCUGUGGCUUGCUACAGCCUCUCUGGAUCACAAGAGCGAGAUCCCUCUUUUUCUCCUUCAGUGGCAUGAAUAAUAUCCCCAGUGCUGGAGAGAGAGCAUAUCAAGAGGCAAACGGGAAGGGGAGAGAGAGAUAGCAGCCAGUGUGACAGAUAAGAGCGUGGCACAACUUGUUUCCCUGACUGCACCGUGGGCCGGGGGAAAGAGAGCGCAAGUGCACCAGAGUGUCAGGCAAGGCUGCUGCCUGCACACACACAAAUACACUCAAACACACACACACACACACACACAGACCCCUGACUGCACCAGGAGAAGUUCAGAGAGAAGACUGACCUCAAGAAGGUACAGUAUGUCUGUGUGUCUCGAGCCUGGGAAUCAUCCUGCAGCCAUGUCCCACUCUUUAUCUCUGAAACAUUACUGGCAAAUCAGCUGUGUUAUGCUCACUUGAUGCUCCGCUUUGUUUUCCAGGUGGGGUUGGCGGAAGUCCAUGGAUUAAAUGUUAUGGCUUUCCUCAAACUGAGCCUUCUUGUCCUGUAGAGGAGUUGUGUGUUUCCCCUCUAGAAGAACUUGCCUCGUGUUUACAGCCUGAGGGAGGAUGGAGAAGCUGUCAGGGAAAGACAAGGAGCUGAUCCGAGGCAGCUGGGAGAGCCUGGGCAAGAACAAAGUUCCUCAUGGUGUCAUCUUGUUUUCCAGACUGUUUGAGCUGGACCCCGCGCUCCUCAGUCUUUUCCACUACAGUACAAACUGUGGCUCCACACAAGACUGCCUCUCCAGCCCGGAGUUCCUGGAACAUGUCACCAAGGUGAUGCUUGUGAUCGAUGCAGCGGUCAGCCACCUGGAUGACCUUCACUCCUUGGAGGACUUCCUGCUCAACCUCGGGAGGAAGCAUCAGGCAGUGGGAGUCAACACCCAGUCAUUUGCUAUGGUGGGUGAGUCCCUUCUCUACAUGCUGCAGUGCAGUCUGGGCCAGGCCUACACGGCGCCACUGCGUCAAGCCUGGCUCAACAUGUACAGCAUCGUGGUAGCAGCCAUGAGCCGAGGGUGGGCCAAGAACGGCGAGGACAAGGCUGACUGAGGCGCACAGCGGGAGCUGCUGAGCAGAUGCUGUCAAGUCACUCGACGUGGUUGCCGUGGAAUGCUGUACAUUUGCUCUGUGAGUGGGGUCACGUAGCGAAGCAAAUGUACGGUGUGGUUACACUUUACAAUUGGAUUGACCAAUCGCAGAGUUUAUUUUCUUUGCUGUGGAUGUUUAGCUACCAGGCAGUGCUGCUGCACAGCUGUGAGGAUCUGAGCCAGCCUGCUUCAGUCCUUCUAAGUCUGGACCUGUAAUCUGAGCGUCACACUGAGAACAAGCAACAACUGUUGAGUCUCUUUGUACAUAACUGCUUUGAUAUAGCUACUCAAAUGAUAACAGUGACUGUAGUGGUCUUUGUGAUGUAUCUUAAAAGAGUUGCACAAUUGUGAAACACUAGAUAUUAUAUUUUGGCAUCACACACUACUCAAACUGUGAUAGUUACUGUGGCCGGGAUGGGCAGCUCUCUAUCUAACUGGGACACAGUGAUACUUUACAAAACAUAUUAAAAGUUUUGGGACAAAGCAAUGUGAUUUUACAUAAGAAAAUCCUGUCAUCUUAAUCACAAGCAUUACUGUUAGUAAUAGUGUUUUCUAUUGAUAUUACACAUCAUUACACCUCUUUUUGUGUGCGACUUUGUAAGCUAACAUUUAACCUAUUGAUGACAGCUGUUAAAAAUUAUAUUCAAUAGAUGCUGACAAGAACUGUUACACUCUUUCUUCAGAGAUCUGACUGUUAAGGCCUCCGCGUGCACCUUACUCGACAUGGUGUGUGUGAUGCUCUCAUUAGAGGUUGUGAAUAUUUUAAUAGGCUUCAGCUGACUGUUACACUCUAACUAAUAGACUGUUAUGUAACCUUUUUAGAGUUUGAAAGUUAAAGGGCAUCUCGGAGGAAAUUGAACAUCUUUGUUCUUUUCCAGUCAUUGUUAGCGUAGAGUAGUUUUGUUGUACCGUAGUCGCUAAUCUCAGUAAUGCUUAUAAACUGUGUUGUUGUGGCUACAAACGUAGUAUUACCUCAGCUUUAGAGGGGCCUGUGCUUCUCCAGCACGGAGCUUCUGAAUGGAAGCGAGGCCGGAAGUGAAUAUUUGUUUUGCAAAGACAAACUUAAUUGAUUUCCCUUUUAAUUUCUUAACACAACAAUCAAUACAGAGAUACCGUGUGCCGACACUGUCCAAUAUGUGUGUUAUUAUUCUUGCUACCAUAACACUGUAUGUAUCGUCCUCAGCUGUGAUUUACAUUCAUGGUCAUAAUGCCAAGUAACCUAGCAACAGUGUGCCAAGUAUUAGAUAAUAACACCAUACAACUGUAAAUCCAAGCUGCUGAUAUGUGGUUAUUAUCGCUUUAGUCUGAGUUUACAUUUAUAAAGUUUAUUUUUAUAUUCUGAAAUGUACUUGUAGUUAAAAAGGGUUGAUUUUUUUCAAAUGUGAUGUACUGUACAGUAUAUCUUUCAUUUAAUCAGAAUAAUAGAAAUAUUGUUAAUUCUAAAUGUGCAAUCCUUACAGAAAAUUCUAAAGGCAGAAUUUUCUAUUGAACUAUUUUAAUCCUGCAUAGUAUGUUCAGUCUAUACUUUCCAGCCCACAGGUGUGAUCUUUAUUAACUGACUGUGUAGGUGGUGUGUUUGUAGUGAUUCUUUUCUUAGUACCAGUACACAGCCCUAUGCAGGUUGUGGUUCUCUGUGUCUCUGUUUGCAAUUACCUGACAUUAGUUCUUUUUAGCAGGCAUGACUGACAACUGGCAUGUUAUCCCGUUAACAUCCAGCUCUGUACUUAUUGGGUGUGUCACUGUCUACCUCAUCAUUAUCAGCUGCUACUGAACAGCGAUGACUUCACCUAGUUAUCCUUCAACCAAAAAC